AUGAAGGAAUCUCUUGUCCUUGCUAUCAAUAUGACGACAGUGGUAACUGAACUUUCAAGACAUCUAGCGCUAAGCGGGAUUAACCUUCAUCUAGUAGAUAUUGAAAAUGUGAUGAUUGAUAGCUCACAUUCUGAAAGUGACUUUUUAUUUGCACCAAAUGAUAUAGGUAAACUAAGAGUUCAGGUAGUUGCUGAGAAGCUAAGAGAAAUGAAUCCCUAUGUAAAAAUCACUCAUGAAACAGAAAGGACUCUCAAAGACUUACUAGAGAUCAGAGACUUAUAGAGUCUCUUCAAUGGUUAGAAGUAUUCCGCUAUUGUAUCAGGCUUUACAAGAUUUAGUGACAGUAAAGUCUUGAACUCAAUGGCUAGAGAUGUCUAAACUCCCUUCUACAGUCUGAAUUCUUGCGGCUUAAAUGGCUUUUUCUUUGCUGAUAUUUGCCAUGAAUUCACUUAUACUACUAAGAAUAAACAGACUAAUGAGGACGAAAUCCACACAAUUACUAAGUCAGUGAGUUUAGAUAAAUUCAUUGCUAAUUUUUCUGCUUAAGAUAGAAAGCUCUCUAAUGUACCAAUAAGGAAAACAUCUGCCUAAGCUGCCUUUCUCUUCUACACUAUUAUGUCUUUAGCGCUUUAGGAGCAAACUCAAUCUCCACAGCCAGUAGCAAGUGAUGACUAAAUGAUGAUAGAUUAAAAUCCAGAGAAUGUAAGUGAGGGAUAGAGGAAAGAUAGUGAGUUUGAUAAAGUUUGCUAAAUUCUCAUAGAAAAGGGUGUGGGCAGUAAGAUUAUCAAGAGUUAGGAAUUCAGAGAGACAUAUGAUAGAGUAUAAAAAUGCUUUAAUGUUGAGUUCAGCCCAUCUUGCAGUCUAAUUGGAGCUAUAGUGUCUCAAGAGAUAGUAAAAGUAAUCACUCAGAGAGAUCAUCCUGGCUAUGGAAUGUAUGUUUACGAUUCAGUCACUUAAUAAUGUACUCAGUAAUUAGUUGAAUGA